GAAUCUCAUGUCAUGCCUGCCUGGUUAGAAUACUAUCGAGUGAGGUGUCUGAAGACUCUGAAGCACACAAAGCAGCCACUACAGUGGCAGUACUGCCUUGAGCUGGUACAGCUGCAAACACAAGGAGCAGAGAGCACACAGGGAUAAAAGGGUAGAGAAGAUAGAAGAGGGACACGUAGAAAAAGGAAUGGAAUCCUAGAAGAAAUUCAGAGAGAGGUAGGGAGGACCAUGAUGGCAGGUGUGGCAUCAUAGAUGGUUAAAGGGGGACACCACUCAUCUGGUAGAUUCUGCAGGGGCUCGUCCUUAUUACGGCUGCCGCUGGGCUGUGGCGGGGGAGGGGAGGUAUUUGGGCUCUGGCCUCUUGGUGAUUUUCGCAAUUCUCGUGUCGGCCUGAAAUUUUGAGGCAAUUUUGUUCUGGUUUUGGAUCCUGAAGAGCGAGGCGAGGAUUGUUUUAGAUUGAGGAACUGGGACUUUUGGUCUAGUUGCUCGCGUUUGAUCCCAAGAUAGGUCUAUGAACAAGUGCUGCUAUUGUAGCUAGUAUCAGAGCUGAUCAUAAGCUUCCUAAGGCAGCAUGACAGAGUUGAAGGUUGGAAAUCUCGACGCCCGAACAACAAAUAUCAGGAAUGUCCCCAUUGCUGUAAUCCCAGAAGGAUUCUGGUGCUGCCCGUCCCAGGCCGUGCUCCAGAAGACGGUGAAGAACCAAAACCAGCAGGCAAAACCCAAAGGGGGUGCCUCCCCUCCUGCGUCAAAGGCCUCGUCGAUUCAGAGGGCACCAACAAUCUCAUCAGAGAGAAGAACACAUUCGACCCCGACAAAGUCUAAAAUCAUUUUGGAGGAACAAAGGUGCUUAUCAGCAGACAAUGCCACAACUAAUCCACCAAAGGCAGUGAAUGAAAGGCCACCAAAGCAACAUAAGAUAUCUGUUGGAUUUGGCCAGCUUGAGAUGAGUGACUUGAAGGUUGUGCUGUAUGGCAAGGAUGGGGUUGCGGUAAAGAUGAGUGUCCACAAGAACAUCCUAGCUGAAAAUAGUACCUUCUUUGCUGAUAAGCUCUCGAGGCAAUCCCCAGUGUCGAGUAUAGAGGUGCCUGAUUGUGAGGAUGUGGAGAUUUAUGUUGAGACUGUUGGGUUGAUGUACUGCAGUGAUGUCAAGCAGAGGCUGAUCAAGCAAAGUGUUCCACGUGUUCUUCGAAUCUUGAAGGUUGCAGAAUCAUUAGGUUUCCGAACAUGCGUCAUGUCAUGCUUAGAUUACUUGGAAGCGGUCCCUUGGGUUGGGGAAGAAGAGGAGAAUGUGGUCUCAUCUGUUCGGAAUCUGCAGAGUGAUAAUUACGGCGUUAGCCCUGUACUGAAGAGGGUAGCUUCUGAUUUAACGAUCCCACCAAAUGACACAUUCUCACACAUCAUUGAAUUAGUUUUGAAAAGCAACGAGGACAGAGGGCGGCGUGAGAUGAAGUCCUUGGUGCUGAAACUUCUGAAGGAGAAUAGCACUAGCCGUACCAGUGGAUCUUCUGACUUAUGUGCUGAAACUCUCUACAGAUCAUGCCAGAACUGCCUGGAGUCCUUGUUGGCCUUGUUUCAACAAGCAUCUGACAGUGAUUUUGCCGAGCAAUCUCUGGGUAUUAAAGAGCCGGUUUUCCGACAAAUUGCUCUAGAAGCAGACAAUCUCCUUUGGUUAGCUGAGAUUUUAUCUGACAGGAAUGCUGCUGAUGCGUUAGCAGUCAUGUGGGCUAACCAACGUGAGCUGGCUGGGUUGCACUCCAAGUUACCAGUCAAGUCGCGCCACCUUGUCAGCUGCGUCACGGCGAGGCUCUUCGUAGCAAUUGGGAAAGGAGAGAUGCUUCCUGCAAAGGACACACGGCGACUUCUCUUGGAUGUCUGGUUGCAGCCUCUCAUGGAUGAUUAUAACUGGUUGCAGCACGGUUGCAGGUCGUUUGACCGUAAAGUGGUGGAGGAAGGGAUCGGGCGGACUAUCUUGACGCUCCCGCUGGAGGAUCAGCAGAUGAUACUGCUCUCGUGGCUCGGGAGCUUCUUGAAGGUUGGGGACAGCUGCCCCAAUCUCCAGAAGGCCUUUGAGGUGUGGUGGAGGAGGACUUUCAUAAGGCCUUAUGCUGAGCAACAAGGGAGUAGAUCGCAAUCGGGUCGGAGUUGAGAUCUCAUUUGGUUGCGCAAGAAAAUAGCCGUGUUAUCUAAUCUAGUAUAUUUCUCAGAUAAUAGAGUGGUAAUUUCUUACAACGUUGUGCAACAUUACGACCAAUGUACUAAUGUGCAGAAACUCAAUGCUUGAUGCAAUUGUAAAGAUUUUGCUGAGAUGUGUCUUUGUAAAUUCCGGGGAGAAUGAUUUCCAUGUUUGAAUGUUGCUUGAAAUGCUUACCUAUUGACAUACUCCAAACGUUAAGCUACGAUGCAGCUUCUUUGUUGUGUCAGUAUGAUGUUAUUCUUCUGCUUCAUUUCCACUUAAGAAACCAAGACCUAUUUGAAUUUUGAA